AAAUAGAGUUUGGCAAUUCAUAAUUAGAAGACCUAAACAGAAAGAGAUCGAACCACAGAGAGAUACACCGAGAAAGAGAACGAGAGAGAGAAAGAGAUUUUGUCGCUGGCGAGAAUCAUCGGAGGGUUUAUUCAUCGUCUCUUUCUCGCAAUUCGCUGACGAUUCUGAUACGCAUAUACAUACAUAUAUCUGUUUCUAUAUUACCAGUUGGCAAGUGACGGCAAUUGCAAUUUCGCCUCUUUUCGAUACCGUUUCGACUCGGUCGAGUUGGUCAGGUUUGUGGAUUGUCGCGGAGUUGUCUUGUUUUGUUGGUUAGUGUGGUUUGUUAUUGAUAAAGAAGGUAUUGUCUGACGUUGGAUGUGAGAGGAAUGGCGUUUUAUAGGAAUUACUCGAGGGAGCCGGUUUCGGAUGGUGUACUGGAUGAGAAAGGGCCGGGACCGGAUGUGGAAAAAGGUGACAGUAUUGUCGGAAAUGAAGAUGGGAAUUUAAGUGAUAGGGAUUUUGAUAUUAAUUUAAAUGCUCAGUAUAGGAGUGAUGGUGAAGCAGAUGAUGUCGGCAAGUUCCAGGAGGAUGUAGGUGCCGGUGGUGCAUUACUGGAUUUGCAGCCAUCUACGGGAAAAAUGGCUUCUUCUGGGAGAUGGGGUUCAACUUUUUGGAAGGACUGCCAACCUAUGCGCCAUGGGUCUGAAUCAGGACAGGAAUCAAAAAGUAGUUCUGAAUAUAAAAAUGGGGAAGGGUCUGAAGACGAAUCAUUAGGGGUCAGAGAGGAUAAGUCGGAGUCAGAAGAUCCGGAAACUGUUCGAAGACAUCAGGCUGAUGUACCCGUAGAUGAGAUGCUGUCUGACGAUUAUUACGAGCAGGACGGUGAUGAACCCUCUAAUGAUUUAAUGCAUCAUAGACUAGGAAAUAGUUCAGCUGCCUUCAUUUCAAAUAUAAAGCCUAGGCCUGUUGCUGCUAACAUACAUCAGUCGAGAAAGGCAAAAGCUUUAAAUGAUGAUGUAUACGGCGAUGAUGAUGCUGAUUAUGAAGAUGGAGACGAUCCCGAUGACGCAGAUUUUGAUCCAGACUUCACGAGUGAGCGCCUGAACCAGGAUGAUGACUGGGAAGGUGAAAAUAUGGAUGAAGAUUUUAAUGAUGUUGAUGACCUUGAUAUUUUGGAUGAAGAUGAUGAUUUUCCAAGAAAAUCCAAAGGCAGGCAACGUGGAAAAGGUGGGCUUGUUUCAAAACAUGCGAGGGUAGGUAAGUCGAUUACAUCAUCUAGUCAGCGAAAAAGAGGUGGACUAGCAUUGGAAGAUGAUGAAUCAUCUGCAAAUGAUUCUGACAAUGAGAGUGAUGAGGGUUUUAGCAGCAAAGUGAGGAGAGGAGCUAGUUUAAGGAAGAAAAAUGUUGCCCGUGCCACAUCUUAUAUUUCUAGCCGAGGGAGGGAAAUUCGAACUUCAAGACGGUCUGUUCGGAAAGUCACAUAUGCCGAAAGUGAGGAUAGUGAAGAAAAUGAUGAAUCUAAGAAAGGGAAAAGUCAAAAGGAGGAGAUUGAAGAGGAAGAUGGCAACUCAAUUGAAAGGGUACUGUGGCAUCAACCAAGAGGCAUGGCCGAGGAAGCAUUAGCAAACAACAAAUCAACAGAGCCCGUGUUGUUAAGCCACUUAUAUGACUAUGAACCAGACUGGAAUGAAAUGGAAUUUUAUAUUAAAUGGAAAGGCCAAUCACAUUUGCACUGCGAAUGGAAGUCAUUUUUUGAACUACAAAAUCUUAGUGGGUUUAAGAAGGUCAUUAAUUACACAAAAAAAGUUAUGGAAGAUGUGAAGUACCGGAAGUCUGUCUCACGGGAGGAGAUUGAGGUCCAUGACGUGAGCAAGGAGAUGGACCUGGAUCUCAUCAAACAAAACAGUCAGGUGGAAAGGGUAAUUGCAGAAAGGGUCAGCAAGGACAGUUUGGAUGAUGUGGUGCCAGAGUACUUGGUGAAGUGGCAAGGACUGUCUUAUGCUGAAGCAACUUGGGAGAAAUACUUGGAUAUAUCAUUUGCUCAAGAAGCUAUCGAUGAGUUCAAGGCCCGUGAGGCAGCAGUAGCAAUACAAGGAAAAAUGGUAGACGUUCAACGAAGGAAAAGCAAAGAAAGUUUGAGGAAGCUUGAUGAACAGCCUGAAUGGUUGAAGGGUGGUAAACUUAGAGAUUAUCAGCUUGAGGGAUUGAACUUUCUUGUUAACAGUUGGAGAAAUGAUACGAAUGUCAUAUUAGCUGAUGAAAUGGGUCUGGGCAAAACUGUUCAGUCAGUUUCUAUGCUUGGUUUUUUGCAGAAUGCUCAACAAAUUCAUGGCCCAUUUCUUGUUGUUGUCCCAUUGUCGACACUAUCAAAUUGGGCAAAAGAAUUUAGAAAAUGGCUGCCCCAAAUGAAUGUCAUCAUAUAUGUUGGAGCCCGUGCAAGCCGAGAGGUUUGUCAACAAUAUGAAUUCUACUCUGAUAAGAAGAAUGGCAGGGGCAUAAAGUUUGAUGCCCUGUUGACUACAUAUGAAGUACUACUAAAAGACAAGGAAGUGCUUUCAAGGCUUAAGUGGAACUAUCUCAUGGUUGACGAAGCACAUAGGUUAAAGAACAGUGAAGCUGCAUUAUAUAUAACACUUGCGGAAUUCAGCACGAAGAACAAGUUGCUUAUAACUGGUACUCCAUUGCAAAACAGCGUCGAGGAACUUUGGGCUCUGCUUCACUUUCUUGAUUCUAACAAGUUCAAGAGCAAGGAUGAGUUUGUACAAAAUUACAAAAAUCUAAGUUCGUUCAAUGAAAAUGAGCUCGCUAAUCUUCACAUGGAGCUGAGGCCUCACAUUCUCCGGAGGGUUAUCAAGGAUGUGGAGAAGUCCUUGCCGCCAAAGAUUGAACGAGUUUUAAGGGUUGAGAUGUCUCCUCUGCAGAAACAGUACUACAAGUGGAUUCUAGAACGCAAUUUCCAAGAUUUAAACAAAGGAGUUCGUGGGAAUCAGGUUUCUCUUCUAAAUAUCGUGGUUGAGUUAAAAAAAUGUUGCAACCAUCCAUUCCUCUUCGAAAGUGCAGAUCAUGGUUAUGGAGGGGAAACUAAUAUUACUGGAAGUAGUAAACUGGAAAGAGUUAUUCUGAGCAGCGGGAAGUUGGUUAUACUCGAUAAACUUCUUGACAGACUAAAUGAAACAAAUCAUCGUGUAUUGAUAUUUUCACAGAUGGUUAGGAUGCUUGAUAUUUUGGCGGAAUACCUGUCGAUUAAAGGGUUCAAGUUCCAAAGGCUUGAUGGAAGUACAAAAGCUGAAGUGCGCCAUCAAGCUAUGGAGCAUUUUAAUGCACCUGGUAGUGAUGACUUCUGUUUUCUUCUUUCAACACGUGCUGGUGGCUUAGGUAUCAAUCUUGCAACAGCAGAUACAGUUAUCAUAUUUGAUUCUGAUUGGAAUCCCCAAAAUGAUUUGCAGGCCAUGAGUAGAGCACACAGGAUUGGGCAGCAAGAUGUUGUGAACAUUUAUCGGUUUGUUACAAGUAAAAGUGUUGAGGAGGAUAUUUUGGAACGUGCUAAGAAGAAAAUGGUUCUUGAUCAUUUGGUUAUUCAAAAGCUGAAUGCGGAGGGGAAGUUGGAAAAGAAAGAAACAAAGAAAGGGAGUUCCUUUGACAAAAAUGAGCUAUCAGCGAUCUUGAGGUUCGGUGCAGAAGAACUAUUCAAGGAAGACAAAAACGAAGAAGAAAGUAAAAAGAGGCUUCUAAGUAUGGAUAUAGAUGAAAUUCUUGAGAGAGCAGAGAAGGUAGAAGAAAAGGGUGCCAAUGACGAGGAAGGAAAUGAGUUACUGAGUGCUUUUAAGGUUGCUAAUUUCUGUACUGCUGAGGAUGAUGGGAGUUUCUGGAGCCGGUGGAUUAAACCUGAGUCUGUUAACCAGGCAGAAGAAGCUUUAGCUCCUAGAGCUGCAAGAAAUAGCAAGAGUUAUGCAGAGGCUAACCUACCUGAAAAACUUGAUAAAAGGAAAAAGAAAGGUGUUGAGACUCAGGAAAGAUUUUCUAAGCGCAGGAAAGCAGAUGCUACUUAUUUUUCUGUACCGGCAAUUGAUGGAGCUGCUGCUCAAGUAAGAGGGUGGUCUCAUGGUAACCUGCCAAAGAGAGAUGCUACACGUUUUUUCCGUGCUGUCAAGAAAUUUGGCAAUGAUAGCCAAAUUGACUUAAUAGCAGCAGAGGUUGGUGGGUCUGUUGAAGCGGCUCCAACUGAUGCACAAAUUGAGCUUUUUGAUGCUUUGAUUGAUGGCUGUCGAGAAGCAGUCGACGGAAUGAAUCUGGACCCGAAGGGGCCUGUGCUAGACUUUUUUGGUGUUCCUGUUAAGGCUGAUGAACUAUUAACCCGUGUUGAAGAACUUCAACUCUUAGCAAAGCGCGUUAGUCGUUAUGAAAAACCAAUCUCACAGUUCCAGGCAUUGAUGUACCUCAAACCUGCUACUUGGUCUAAGGGUUGUGGGUGGAACCAGAAGGAUGAUGCAAGAUUGCUUCUUGGAAUCCAUUAUCAUGGGUUUGGCAAUUGGGAAAAGAUAAGGUUGGAUGAAAAGCUUGGUCUUACAAAGAAAAUUGCACCAGUAGAACUCCAGCAUCAUGAGACUUUCUUGCCUCGAGCUCCCCAGUUAAAGGAGAGGGCCUCCCAACUGCUAGAAAUGGAAUUUACUGCUGUUAGUGGGAGCAACUCAAACGCCAAAGCUAGCCGCAAAGCUACCAAGAAGCAAAAAGAAAAUUCUUUAGGCAUUUCAUUGUCACGCAGCAAGGGCAAGCAAGGCAAGCAGGGAUCGCCAAAAUAUAAUCCUCAGGUAAUUAAGGUGAAGACUGCAAGAACACAGAAGGUCGAACCGUUGGUAAAAGAGGAAGGUGAAAUGUCAGAUACUGAAGAAGUCUAUGAACAGUUCAAGGAAGUAAAAUGGAUGGAAUGGUGUGAGGAUGUCAUGGCUGAUGAAACAAAGACGCUGACACGUCUUCAAAGGUUACAAACUACCAGCGCAGAGCUCCCUAAGGAAAAGGUGCUCUCCAGAAUAAGAAAUUAUUUGCAGAUCCUUGGACGAAGGGUUGACCAAAUUGUUUUAGAGCACGAGGAGGAACUAUAUAAGCAAGAAAGGAUGAAAACACGAUUAUGGAAGUAUAUAUCAACUUUUUCGAAUUUGUCUGGAGAGGGACUGUAUCAGAUUUAUUCCAAACUAAAGCAGGAGCAGGUAGGACUAGCACCUUCACAUGUUAACGGUUCUUCACGUGGUUACAGACAUGAAGCCUCCAACCAGAUUUCUGGAGUAGUUCAAAGGGGUGUUGAUACAGGAAAAUUUGAAGCGUGGAAACGAAUGAAAAGAGCUGAGGCUGAUAUGAACUCUCUAGUUCAACCCCUGCAUGAAAGAUCUUCAAGUAAUGCUACAUCUGGGAUUCUAGGAUCAGGACCAUCUAACAGCCGAUACUCUGGUAAUGAGAAGUCUUAUAAUAUGCGUCAAACUGGUCAACCUCCGCGACAAGGCUUUCCGUCGGGUGUAAAGUAGCCUUGAUACCUUAUUGAAGGAAAUCUGUCUCGGAAAGUGGAAUGCAAAAAAUUUCCCCUUCCAUUCAAUUCAGCUGCUUUGGCCAUUAAAUUUUUUCUGGGUUCUUUUCCCUUGCUGGGAAUAAACAAUUGCAGAUCUUGUGGAGAAUGUUUUAAAAUCAUCUCAAGCCUGCAUCAGAAAGUGGGCCCCAAGCUUUUGAGAGUGGAAAAAAUGUCAACAAAAAUACAUAUAAUCUUGGGACCAAAGUAUAUUAUUGAACUUUAUUUAAACAGCUCCCCAAUUUCUUGAAAGUACAUAGUGAAUAGGCAAAGAAUCAGCUGCUCACCAGUUGGUAUGAGGAAGACAACGAAUGUAACAUCCUUUGGAUAGUGUAAAUUACCCAGUUUUGCUUCUUAAAUGUCUGAACACAGAGAUUACUAAAGUUGAUCGCAUAUUUUUAUGAAAAGAAUGAUAGAAUAUUGAAUGUCUUA